UACAUAACAUCAUGAACCUUCCCAGAAAAUCGUCAUCAUGAACUCUUGCAUAAUUUGGGAACAAAAUUCAUGGCCAUUGACAAAGAAAAACUAGAAGAGAACCAAGUGGUGACAACUGUACAUGAAUAUUUUUCUUUCUCUAUAUAGAUGAAUGGUUGGUGUUUUGCAACAUCAUAGUAUCCACAACACUCAGUUCAACUACAACCUAGGAAUUCUAACGUCCUCUUACUCUUUUCCCUUCAAACCACUUACAAAAUGGCAAUUCCAUCACACAUAAAAGCUUGGGUUUAUUCAGAAUAUGGAAACAUAGAAGAGACUCUCAAAUUUGAAACCGACAUACCUAUACCACAGUUCAAGGAAGACGAGGUGCUCAUUAAGGUUGCUGCUGCAGCCCUUAAUCCCAUAGAUUAUAAGAGAGCUCUUGGCUUUUUCAAGAACACCGACUCUCCCUUACCUACUGUUCCGGGGUAUGAUGUUGCUGGUGUGGUGGUGAGAGUGGGAAGUGAAGUGAGAAAAUUCAAGGUUGGGGAUGAGGUUUAUGGUGACAUCAAUGAGAAUCCUAGAAUCAAUCCCAAAAGGAUUGGAUCUUUGGCAGAGUAUACUGCUGUUGAAGAGAAAGUGUUGGCUCACAAACCUUCCAAUUUGAGCUUUGCUGAAGCUGCAUCCCUUCCUUUAGCCAUCAUCACUGCUUAUCAAGGACUUGAAAGAGUUGAGUUUUCUGCUGGCAAAUCUGUUCUUGUUAUUGGAGGUGCUGGUGGAGUUGGAUCCCUUGUUAUUCAGCUAGCGAAGCAGGUUUUUGGGGCAUCAAAGGUUGCAGCCACAGCGAGUACUGGGAAACUGGAUUUGUUAAGGAACUUGGGAGCAGACUUAGCCAUUGAUUAUACAAAGGGGGAGCUUGAAGAGCUGGAAGAAAAGUUUGAUGUGGUGUACGAUACAGUAGGGCAGAGUGAGAUCGAUAGAGCAUCGAAGGCUGUUAAGGAAGGUGGAAAAUUUGUGACAGUAGCAGCACGUGGAAGUUCUUCUGCUAUCUUCGUAAUGCGCAUUUCGGAUGGUACUGUGUUGGAGAAACUAGAACCUUAUUUGGAGAGUGGGAAGGUGAAGCCAAUAUUGGAUCCUAAAAGUCCAUUUUCGUUUUCUCAGGCUGUGGAGGCAUUUGCAUAUUUGAAAACUAACAGAGCCAUUGGAAAAGUGGUGAUACAUCCCAUCCCUUGAGGAUAAAAGACCACAAAAAAGAUGAACUCAUCAAUUGUGGAAGUGGUUGUUGUUAGAUGAGAGAACAUGUGUAAAUUGAUGAAUAUUUCAGAGUUGUGAUCGUUGUGACAGAGAGACAUUUUGGUUGUGUUUUGUUUACAAUAUAAAUAAGUGAAAUCUAUGCAAUAUAAUGUUUUACAUUUUGUGAGA